CAUUCAACUAGACACAUGGCACAACAAAUGAAAAGGCAAUCAACUUACCCCCACUUGAUUUCUGGAAUUGGUCGUGACGUUGUGGAGAUUGUUGAACCUGCAAAAGAAGGAUACCAGCUUACUUUAAGACUUGAUUUUUCUGAGAUUCCAAAUGGAAAAGAUUCUGUGAAGGUAAUUGCAGACAUUGCUGCUGUGCAAGCAGUAAUCUUAAGUUCUCAGCUGAAAGAAAUGUUGAUGAAUGUUAACCCUCAAGAUACAUCGCAAGGAAUGUAUAAGCCACUCAAACUCGAAUAUCACCCAAGAGAGCCUUUCUUUAUUAUUAGACAGCCACAGAAAAUCAUAGCAGUAUUCCCGAUACGUUUCAAAGACAAAACAGAUGUCAUUAUUGCAACGGUAUCACUUGACAUCUAUCUUAAACAGUAUCACUUGACAUCUAUCUUUGUAAAGCAAUUGUACUACACUAGUUAG